AUGGCAAAGGUCAUUUUCACGGCUUGGAAAACCAAGUCUCAAUUGCUAGAAGUGCGGGACGAGUUUUAUCCUCCGUCUGCGUACACUGGACCGGAUUUGCGUUCCCAUGGCUGUGCGGUGGUCGAAGCUUGGAAGCUACGCGGCAAUGUACCGCACCAUGUUGAAGCUACAGCGUUAUUGACAGAUGCCAUUCUCCAUGAUGAUGCGCAGAGAAAUUCAAUAUUCUCAAUUCGUGCUACAUAUUCCGCAGCUUUCUGUCGCUUCGUAACUGGUCUCGUGGACACCAAGAUCCACGGCGUUCGUCGAACAAUGUUCCAGCGCGCCACAGACCUAGGCCUCCCAGCCUCCUUCGUGGAACUUCGCCACGAAGCAACCCACCGCGAGCCGCCGUCGCUUGUCGUACUGCGCAAAGCUUCACAGCGCUCGCUCGAGUGGCUGUGGGACAAUUACUGGGCCGGUGUUGCUGAUGACUCUGGUGCGUCUGCAUUGACCCAUGACGACGGUGCGUCUGUCAGGGCCACCUUGUGCGACGCUCUGCAGCCUCUAGCCGGUGGAUCGGCGGAUGUGCCCAAGAAGCGGAAGCGUGAUCAGGCUGUUUCGGUUGCUAUGCGACUUGUCUCGGUUUGCAAUGUCUCGGGGACGGGUGUCAGGCUUUUGUCUUCUGUUUUACUCGAGCAGGGGUUUCUGGUGCCCAAAGGGCGAGAACUUGGUGAUUCACUGAAUGAUACAUUCAAAGAGUGGAACCCAGUUCUGCAAAAGGUUGCAGAGAGUCAUCCUGCGUUUUUGAGACAUUUGACGGAAGAUCUGGUCAAUGAUCUAGCUUUCAAGAAUACAACCGAUAUAGAGACAGAUGCGCCUUCCGAAGCACUGUAUCUGUGGCUCGCACAUAUCUUGACAUCUCCUUCCUGGGAAUUCCACAGGCAAUCCUGCCCGCAGAGCUAUGUUCUCCGAGCUUGUGAUGAAAGUCCACACCACUGGACAAAGAUGUUGGGAAAUCAGUUAAGAAGGGAGGCUAGCAAGCCUAAAUCAGCUCUCGCCGCUCGACCCGCUGCCAAGAACCGAGUCUCAAAGCCCAAACAUGUUAGGAAUGACUCGCACCAUGCUCCAACCCAGCUCUCGGAUAAGCUGUUGGAACAUGGAUGGGGAUUCCUAGAGAAAUGGGAUAGUCGACCCUUAGGCGUGGUAUCAAGUAAUUAG